CAGACAGCAGACAUGGCCGCCCCCGUGAGGAAAGCGGCGCACGACAUCGAGACGCGGAAACGGACCGAGGACGUUCUCCUGUCGGAGGGGAUCGACUUCGCCUCCCUGCUGCUGUCUCCGGCCGUCCUGGCCGGGCUGUCCUCCGCGGGCUUCCAGAAACCCUCCCCGAUCCAGCUGAAGGCGAUCCCGCUGGGCCGCUGCGGACUCGAUUUGAUUGUACAGGCCAAGUCCGGAACAGGAAAGACGUGUGUGUUCUGCACAAUCGCUCUGGACUCUCUCGUCCUGGAGAAUCCUGCAACUCAGGUUCUGGUGCUGGCCCCGACACGUGAGAUCGCGGUGCAGAUCCACUCGGUGGUGAUGGCCAUCGGCUGCGCCAUGGAGGGCCUGGAGUGCCACGUCUUCAUCGGGGGCAGGCCGGUGAGCCAGGACAAGGCCCACCUGAAGAAGUGUCACAUCGCAGUGGGGUCGCCCGGUCGCAUCAAGCAGCUCAUCGAGAUGAAAAUGUUGUCGACGUCCAGCAUCAGACUGUUUGUCCUGGACGAGGCGGACAAGCUGCUGGAGGAGGGCAGCUUCCAGGAGCAGAUCAACUGGAUCUUUUCCUCGCUUCCUGCCACCAAACAGAUGCUGGCGCUCUCCGCCACCUACCCAGAAUACCUGGCACAGCAGCUCACACGCUACAUGCAAGAACCCACCUUUGUGAGACUCAACCCGUCUGACAUGGGCCUCAAAGGUCUGAAGCAGUAUUACAAGCUGGUGCAGUCCCAUUCGGUCGCUCACAGGGUUUUCGAGGAGAAGGUGCAGCACCUGUUGGAGCUCUUCAGCAAAGUCCCGUUCAACCAAGCUUUGGUGUUUUCCAACCUACACACCAGGGCUCAGCACCUGGCAGACAUCCUGACCUCCAAAGGUUUACCUGCCGUCUGCAUCUCAGGAGGCCUGACUCAGGACCAGAGACUGGAGGCGAUGUCCAAACUGAAGCAGUACCAGUGCAGGGUGCUCAUUUCCACCGACCUGACUUCCCGGGGUAUCGAUGCAGAGAAAGUCAACUUGGUGAUAAACCUGGAUGUGCCGCAGGACUGGGAGACCUACAUGCACAGGAUUGGACGGGCUGGGCGUUUUGGCACUCAGGGGCUGGCUGUGACCUACUGUUGCCAUGGCGAGGAGGAGAACAAGAUGCUGGCCAUCGCUCAGAAGUGUUCCUUGACGUUGUCGUUGCUGCCGUCCACCAUUGAGCCGGGCUUGAUGGAUGAGCCCUGUGACUGGGACGUCUGCACCGAAGCCUCCAGGCCGGGUCUCGCAUUCCAGCUGUUCCCCAGAGCAGAGAAGAAGAAACGCACCAAGGAGGAAGUCUCUGUGCGCGCUUCAACAGCGGGUCAGACUGAAGAACACAGCAGUCGCAGAACGCUGGAGAAGACCCGGCCAGCACUGAGGCGUGGAGGACAAGACGAGACGUUUGCAGAGAGAUCCCCGUCAGCAGACGCUUCACCUCCGGCAGCGCCAACAAGGCAGGAGCUGCAGGACGCUCUGCCGAAGAUCCCUCCUCUCAGCUCCUUCAAGCGUCGCGAAACGCCGUGCUUGACGUUUGCGGAGGCUGAGCGGGACUUCCAGGACUUCCUCACCACAGGGCCGGGGAGAUCAGUGGAGAUCAUCAGGGAGUUCAGAGGCCGCGACGACGAGGACGAGACGGGGCAGAGCGAGAGCGUCACGCUUUACGACGACGACGACAGACCUCCUGGUCUUCCACAGAGAGACGGACGGCGCGAGUCCAACGCUCCCCCUCUGAGGUUAAGAUCUGAUCAUUCGAGCUUCGACUGUGACAUGGAGGAGAGCCAUGAGGACGACCAGAGUCAAACUACCGGAGAUGACACUUCGAGGACAUGGACAAGUCCCACCACAUCCACAGCGCCCAAAACAUACGAGCAGACACAGUGGAGCAGAGCUGCAGCUCCAGCUGGAGGCACCGGAUCUGCACCGAGCAUCAAAUCAAACAGGCCAACCAAUCGCACGACUCCGGCACAGACUCGCAGCGAUGAAUCAAAGAAGGUGAAAAAAGAAACAGGCAAACGGAGCAAAAAGCACUCAGAAAAGAUGGAAACAGAAUCAAGAAGGCAAAUGGAUGAAGAAGAUUGCAGUGAUAAAGAGGAGGAGGAGUGGAGCAGUGCUGAAACCUACUGGAGAGCCUGUUACAGAGCUUGGAAUGAUUACUACGCCUCCAUGUCCUCUUUUCAAGAGCCGCCUUAUCAAAACUACUACAACACAGCCUCCAACUGGAUGGCAGCUUACCGCAUGAACGCCGUCUACAUGCAGGAACUCAUGAGAAACUGACGUUACUGCGCUGUCAUCCACUCAGAUUUAUCUAGCAAAAAGAAAAGUGGCUGAGGCGUUUUAGGAACGGCUGUUUUUUUGUGUGUUAUGUUUCACUUGAUUAAUGUCAGAGUUCAGAGAUGGUGUUAUAACUACUUUAUGAAUAAAUAUGUAAAAUCAGA